CAAGAACCAGAUUUGGCCGCCGAAGACCAGGUCACCUAGGCCCUCGACCGCCACCCAAAGCACAAUGCACCGGACCCUUAUGCUUGACCCCGCAGGUGGUGGGUCUACGGGGAGGAGAUUGUAUUAAAAAUACAAUUACAAUUAUAUACAUAUUUGUAUUUUAUUUUAUUACAUUUAUAAAUGUUUAAAGUUAAAUGUAACAAUUAUUACAUUAAAAUAUAAAAAACUAGAAGAAAAUGAUAAAAAUAAAAAUAGAAAUAGAAACUAUGUGGAUGUAAUCUUUGUAGAGGCAGGGUAUGUAUUGGCGGAGCUCUUGGAAGUGGAUCUCAUGGACCUAAUCAAGUGUCCCGUGUGCGUACCUGUCCAGGUGGAGGGUUAUUGGCCCGCUUCACGCGGACGUUGCUCUGACGCCCGGAGGACCGUGGAGCCUGGGUGUCCCCCGGAGACUCCCCGGAGCUCCUCUUCUUGGAUCGCCGGCCGCCGGAGCCGUUCCCGGGGUAAUCUAAUGGAAAGCACGACGGCGACAUGUCAACAUCACAGGACAACAAAGCAACGCUUGCUACAGUCGGGCCUGUUUGUCGCGGUGCUGACAAACAAAGGUGAUGUUUGUGUUUGCCAUGAGGACUCAAUAAACACGCAGGCGAGUUGACGACUCGAAAGUGACUUGAUGUGCUUAAAGGCAGCAAACAUAGUCAACAAGGAGCUCUUUAAAUCAGCCAUGUCAUGUCAGCAUGCUACGGUUAGCGUUAGCUUGCAGCAUCGGAAGAUAAUUUCGUGCUCACUGACCUGCGUCCGACAGCAUGUUUGGCUUUCCUUUCACGUCAGGGAAUAAGUGUGUUUGGUUGAAGAUUGUAACCCGACCAGUUUUUCUACUUGUAAUCCUUUUAUUGUUGUGGGGGGAAAUAAAAGGCGUUGUUGUCGUUGCACCCCACUACCGGUUUAAGGAGGAAAUGGACGGAUCCUUCAAGACUGACCUUGUUUGGCUCUCCUGACUUGCCGUAGCGAAGCCGGAUCACCAUAGCAACUGCAAUAAACGAAGCGAUCACGCCACCCUUAGGGAACCGUAGGAAUCCGGGGUGCUGAACGGGAUUGACGACAUAUCUCAGUUUGUCCAAAGAGGAAACGCGUGUUACGUCGUUGACCUCAAAUGACGGAUUCGCGUGGAGGUUUUCACACAAGCUAAUGUUACGCAACACCCGUCUCGCGCGCCUGAACCACAACCAGCGGACAAGUUGUGAAAUAUGAACUGGUUCAUCUUUAAAUCAUUUCACACAAGCCGGUAAACACGCCAGGGCCUAUUCGAAGUACCAUUUACCGGUUUUCGUGUUGGGUAGCCUUGUCCAAUUGCAUUUUUCCGAUCUGGAAACUGGAAGUUCCGAUUUCCAAGGGAACAAGAACGCACCAUCAGCCUCAGGGCAGCGUUUUGACAGAGAGGGGCGAUGUUGUGCUUAGAUUACUGUGGCAUUCGGUUCGUGGUCGUUUGCUGACAUGUUUUGUAAGUCAGCGAUUCAUUGAUUGUUUAACAAUGGCCGGAGUCCAAUGCAGCACUUUUUCAAAAAUGGAUUCAUGCGAAGUUGUAGCCAAGAGGAAGGCGGACGUAGCUGUUGUCAAGCCGAGGGUUUCAGACCAUGUUGAGCAGGUCUGUUGUAAAACUCUGGACCUCAGCAAGGUGAUCCGUCUCCUUGAGGACCCCCUGACAGUAAGUCAUGAUGAUUUUAUCAUAUUUUCUUCACUGUUUGAAAGUAUGUUUUACUCUUUCAAGACAAGCAUGCAGGACAGACACGUGUUUGUGUUGAAGAAGGUCCUCAGGAGAAGACACGCUGGUUUUCUGCUGAGGGAGCUGGCCAGCAUCUCCAGAAUCCUGGACGCCUGUGCAGAGAAGGCGAAGGACCACGCUGGAUACUCUGCCGUUUUGUGUGAGGCGCUUCAGAUUUGCAGGCUUCCCUUCCUGAAGGAAAGGGUGUCUGACGAGCUGAUCUACGCCCAGGAUGUCAAGCGGUUCCUCUCCCACAUGGGAUACCUGAUGAGGGUGCCGGACGGCGAGGUGAGGCGUCAGGUGGUGGAAUCGGUCAAGUCCUUCUACAUCUGCUGCGUGGCUCCCAGCAAACACACGCACCACGGUACGGGACGGCCCCCCAAGCCAAAGUGGCGGACCCUCAACUCCUACGACAGACUUUUACUAAGGCCUCAGCCGACGUCUCCGGGUUACCGGCUGCAGCUGCUGGAGCGCAGCGACCUGGCCCAGACGCUCUUCCUCUCCAUGGCGGCGCUGGAGGAGCAGCCCGCCAUCAAGCUGCUGCUCUUGCAAACACUUCAGAUCCUCUCCAGCUCAUCUGAUAUGAACUGUGCUUUAAUGCUGAGCGCUCGAGGAGCCGAGACCAUCUGCCUCCACAUGAACCAACACGACCCGUCCAGACGGAUCCUCUUCCACUCCUCCGAAAUCCUCUGGAACCUUCUGGAGAGAGGUAGCAAGGCCGAGGUGGCCACCCAGCUCAGCAGCAUGGAAUGUGCCAUAUCUCUAAAAGAAGCCUUCUUGGACCUCCUGCUGAACGGCUUCCGACACGCAGACAUCCAAGUCAGGAACGAUCUUCUGGUGCUGACGACUCUUUUUGCUGACAACUCCAGCUCCCUGCUGGUGGAGAGCUUCUUCGCCAAGCAGCUCAUCGCUAUCGGCACAUUUCCUGAGCUGAAGAGUUCCAACCCUGUGGUGGCCAAGCUGAAGCUGAGCUGCAGCAUGGAGGACCUGCAAAUGAAGAAGCUGCUGCUGAAUCUGCUGCUUUUGAUGGCCAAAGACUCAGCCGCCAUCCAGAUUUUCAAGGAGGAGCAGGUGAUGCUGGCUCUGCUCACGCUCAUCAAGCCACCCGCCGCCGCCACUGAGGUCCCGCCGAGGUCGUGUCACUGGUCCUCUGUCCAGCAGGAGGAGCUCCAGCUGCACGCGCUAGCCGUCCUGGCCACGGUGGCCCCGCUCAUGCUGGACCAGUACAUGUCCUGUUAUGGCAACGUGGUCCUGCUGCACCUGCUGGACUGGUGCAGCAGCCGAGACGCCUUCUUUGGGCAGGGCCACGGCUUCCACGCCACCGGAGGGCGAGGCGGGAAGAAGGCUCACAUGCGCUAUUGCAUCAGACUGAUGAGGUCCGUCACCUCGCUGGCUGAGAAGACCCUCAACCAGGACCUUUGUGACCAGGGGACCAUCCACCUGCUCUUAGGGCUUCUGAUGCAGAUGGAGGCGAGCCGUGGCGAGGAGGAUGCGGUUACCGUGGAGAUGAAGUCAGACAUGCAGCUCAUCAUGUGUGCUCUGUGUGAGGGCGACGUGCACAGAAAGGAGCUGUUUGGUUGCGAGGGCGUGGAGAUGGUGGUUCACUUCCUGAGGAGAGGCUCGGGCAUGUUCUACAGCGGUCUGGGCCACAACAAGCUGCUCCUCUCCACGUUGCUGAGCGUGCGGCUCUGCAUCGUGGGCUGCUACACCACCGAGGAUUACUUUUUGAGCCGAGAAGGUGCAAAGGUUCUUCUGGACCUGCUCAGUUCCAGUCCCAAGUGUGUGCACGGCGUCAUCCUCGCCACCCUGCUGGAGUUGUUUGACAACCUCAACACCCUCCCUCACGUCCUCAGCUGGAGGCACGGCCGCAGCGGGCGCACGGCUCCCGGCCUCCUGCUGCACGUGUGGAGGCGGGAGGAGGCGGAGCUGGGAGUCGGCCGGAACCAAUGCGGCGGCAUCGAGGAUCCCAAACAGUCCGUCUUGGGUCAUCGGCAGCUGGAGGAGGCGGAGCUGACGUCCACCCCGAACGCGCCGAGUGCUGCCGUGCUGGAGAUCCAGGAGAACCUUCUGGCCAAGAUUUACUUAAUCUUCUGCAAGAUGGGUUUCCAGGAUCUUCCAGGAUUGUCGGUGAAAGACCAGGUGACCUUGUGCAUCGUGAAAAGGUACCUGGACUUCAAGGUGGGCGAGGUGUGGGACGAGAUCGGCCGGGAGCUGAGCCUGGAGGGCGUGAGGCCCGUCACGCCCGACCAGGAGACCUUGCGCGUGGCCCGUCAGGUGGCGCGACGCACGGCUGAGGCGGUGGCCGCCGAGCAGGAAGACGGCCUGCGGUGGGAAGCCGAGACCGCCGGCAGAGAGGAGGAGCUCGCGUAUGAGGAGAUGAAAUCUCACUGGAAGCAACGCCAGCUCACAGCAAAGUCGUGGAGUGACUUUGUCUGCAGGACUUCCAACUACGACACGCUGAAGGAGAUCAAAGAACAGAGACACAAAUACGCCGAGAUGAUCCGAACUCACAACCAGGAUGUGGCACCGCGUCCUGAAGAGCUUUUUGUCAGCCAAGUGAUGGUGAGCGAGGACAGCGUCGCCGCGGGCACCGCCGGCAUCAAGAUGGCCAAAAUUCCCGUGAUGGCGGCAGCACACAAAGAAGUGCUACUCUCCGAACGUGAACGCCUGCGAUCCCGCAACACGCUUCCUGUGAAAGACUGAUGUGGCCCCCUCCAGCAGAGGAAUAAGAGCAGUGGGUGUCACCGGCUGGUUAUGUGAUGACUGGUGGAAGGUAGCCCAACCAGCUUUUGCAGGUCACAGCACACAAUUAUGGUGUGUUUGAGGACUGCUGGAAAAGUGUGAAAUUGCCAGCCUGAGCGUAAUCAAGCGUCACAAUGCUGGUACGUGUUUGCUGUGUUUGUUGCCACUGACUUAGGGUGGCUGACUCAAAAAUCAUUUUCUGACCAAAAAUCUGACAAUUUGCUGUGAGCCUUCUUACAAAGUUCUCUUGUGUGAUUUUUUUUCUACAUAUAGCCUUUGCUAGAAUGUGUCUUAUGAGUAUAAACAAUAUGCCCGUGGUUGCUAGAAUGUGUCUUAUGAAUAUAAACAGUAUGCCCGUGGUUGGUAGAAUGUGUCUUAUGAAUAUAAACAGUAUGCCCGUGGUUGCUAGAAUGUGUCUUAUGAAUAUAAACAGUAUGCCCGUGGUUGGUAGAAUGUGUCUUAUGAAUAUAAACAGUAUGCCCGUGGUUGGUAGAAUGUGUAUUAUGAAUAUAAACAGUAUGCCCGUGGUUGCUAGAAUGUGUCUUAUGAAUAUAAACAGUAUGCCCGUGGUUGCUAGAAUGUGUCUUAUGAAUAUAAACAGUAUGCCCGUGGUUGGUAGAAUGUGUCUUAUGAAUAUAAACAGUAUGCCCGUGGUUGGUAGAAUGUGUCUUAUGAAUAUAAACAGUAUGCCCGUGGUUGGUAGAAUGUGUCUUAUGAAUAUAAACAGUAUGCCCGUGGUUGCUAGAAUGUGUCUUGGUGGAAUGUCCAGUGUUCACUUGCUCUAUUGCCGUUCACCUUUUACCCAAAUGUUUUAGUGCUGCUUUUUUGUUACUAAUGAAUGCUGUCACAGGCCGUGCCUGGCCCUUUAAGAAGAAUUGUAUUGUGGGAAGUUGGGUGUCUCUUUUCCCUCUCUCGUCUGUCUGCACUGCAUCAUUGUUUUGUGCAUCCUGAUUGGCUGUAGACCAUUGUCAAUCCGUCUCCUUCGUGCCGUCCUGCCGUGUCUCCCGUGUCAUCACUCGCUGGCUAGCUAGCUAGCUAGCAUGGGUUGGUCAGCAGCAAUAUGUUUUAACAAGGAUACAACAACGCUGCAGUCCAGCGUAACGGCGCCAGGACAAAAGGAUACGCGCACAGGAGUGAAAUACACGUGAGUCACAACUCAAAGGAAAUGUGAACUUUGAGAGUUUCUACAAGAGAAAAAUGUAUCAAGUGUAAGGACAGCCAUUGGAAACAAAUCACGUUGGCUACUUUUUCUCUUAAUGUUUCCUCUUUUCUUGUAAGAUUGUGUUUGCCGUUUCCAGUCUUGCUGUUUUUUUUUCCAACUAUUUCAACUAUCUUCUGGUACGUUUUCUUUUUGUGUUAUGAUUUCAUUCCCAUAACCUUAUGACUUUUUAUUGACAUAAUAUAAGUUUAUUCCCAUAAUAUUAAUACUUUAUUUCCAUAAUAUUACCAUUUUUCCUCAACCUAAUUUUCCAAAAAUGACAACAUUAUUUUGAAUUUUUUUGGUCAUGAUAUUAUGUCUUUCCAAGAUUUUUUCUUUGAUAUUUCAAUUUUAUGCAAAAUGACAUUAUUUUUCUUCAUAAUAUUACAUUAUUUUCUUUGACUUUUUUCUGGUUCUAAUAUGAUUCAUAUUUGACAUUCUUGUAAAAUGACAGCUUUUGUUGUCAUUUCUGUUGUUGCAAGUAUUUCAGCUACCUUCUUAUCUUCUUAUUUUGCUAAUAUGACUUUAUUCCCAUAUUUGGACUUUCUUCUCAUACAUUAUAGAUUUUUCUCUAAACUAAUUUUUAAACAUGACAUGUUUAUUUUGUUUCUUAUAAUAUUGUGACGAUUAAAAAUGAUCUCUUUAUGCUACUAAAAUGAAAUUAUCUUUCCAUUAUGAUUUUUUGUGGUUAUAUUACUACUUUUUUUCUUCAUU